AUGAAGAAUUUUCUUACGACGUGGUUACUAAAAAAUUAUAACCGAUCAGCGGCUCAUAGCCAACGAACGUUAUUGUUCCAUGGUACAAAAAUUAGUUGUAAUAAUCCUCAACGAUUUAUUGGGAAUAAUAAUUUUUGUUUAUUUAGUUGUGGUAUGUGUGGUAUAAUACAAAAUGGUAAUCAAGGAAAAUAUAGUAGAUUUAACGGAAGAAUGUGGUUUGCUAAUAAUUCUGCCAUAUCAUUGGGUUAUUGUGGUUUAUCAACUUUUAGAACUAUGUUUAAUUGUCAAAAACGUUCGGCUAUUACACAAUUGGUACAAACCUUAGAAGAAAAUGGAAGAUUAGGAGGACUCGGAGGAUUGCUUGAGUAUUCUUUAUAG